AUGGAAGACGCCAAGGCGGCGGCAAUGGCGCAGCAGCAGCAGCAGUUCCUUCUCUUGCAACAGCUUCAGCGCCAGAAGCAGCAGCAGGACGCCAUUUCUCGAUUCCCAUCCAACAUCGAUGCCCAUUUGCGCCCACCUCAGCACCAUCUCCUUCACCAGCGUCCCCAUACCUCUGCUCAACCACAACAUCAACAUUCUCAAAUCCCUAAUGCUAAUUCGAUCCCCAAUUUGCCUCACCCACAAAACCCUACUUCCAGUAACCCUAAUAAUAAUACUGCCCAAAAUCCCCAGCAACAGCAGCACAAGGCCUCUUUGCAGCUGGCUUACCAGGACGCCUGGCGGGUUUGUCAUCCUGACUUCAAGCGCCCUUUCUCUUCCCUCGAAGAUGCUUGCGAGAGGCUAUUACCUUACCAUGUGGUAGCUGACUAUGAAGCAGAGGAGGAUGAUAAGAUCCUUGAUUCUGACACGACAGGUCAAAUGCUUUCUCGCUCUCAGCAAUGGGACAACAAUAUUGCUGCCAAAGUUGCAGAGUUUACUGCCACAUUUGAGAAGCAAGUCCUCGCCUUUAAUAUAAUUUCCCGCAAGCGUGGCCUCGGGGAGUUUCGGACGGAGGAGAAACUGAUGAUGGAGCAAUUACUGUUGCAAGAGGAGAAACGAGCACUGCUUGAAUUGAGGGCUGAAAUGGACUCGAGGCAGAAAGCAACUCAAGAAACUCACGAAGCCAAUAUGCGAAUGGCUGCUCAUGCUGAGAUGAUGACUCGAGCGCCCCCAAUGAGAGCAAACGCACUUGGCUUUCAAGGCAGUAAUGUUUCAAUUGGUCAUGAGAUAGGGGAGCAGGAUCAGGAUCAGGAUCAGGAUGCCAACCAUGAUGAGAUGAUGAAUGGAUGGAGUAACAAUGCACACAAGGAUGAUAAGGAGCCAUCUGAUGAUUUCUUGAAUGAUGAGGAAACUGAAAAUGGAGAUACUGCCAUGCAAACUGUGUGGCAUGGAACCGGUGAGUUAGAUUUGAAUGCAAGAUAG